AUGGGGGCUGGCGGGCUGGAACUCUUCAGCCCGUCCAGCUCUCAGGGGAACCCCCCCAAAAAGGAGACUAGGAGGCUCCAGGUCACACUGGAGGACUUCCUCCCUAAGGGUGGGAAGACACGACCCACUGGCUCGAGGCCGGGCCCGGCCUGCAGCAAGGGUGUUAAACCCGAUAGCUGUGGGUCGGAUGGAACCCGCUCCGAGCCGAGCAGUACACCCGGGCCAUCUGGCCUGGGAAACAAGGGAAGACCCUCCCUGCCACCCUCCCCGACCUCCGUCGUGACGCCCAUCAAUAUGGAUGUGGACUCUGACGCAGAGUCGGUGGGACGGGGAAAAAAGAGGGCGCAUAGUAGGAGAUCACCCGCCUACUACAUAUCGUCCUCUUCGGAGUCGGACGAGGGACCGACGAAGAAGGGACGAGGAAGGCCGGCCAAGGACCUCUCCCACGCCGGCCAAUUUACAGCGGAGGCUCACGCCAGGAAGGCCGAAGCCGACAAGGCGAGGAGGAUAGUAAAGGACCACAAGGCAAUAAUUAACCCCGACGUCCAACCCUCCUCAGCCAGAGCGGCCAAAGCGCAAGAACUGGCUCUAGAACGAGCAGAGGAGCUAGAGCAACAGCCGAUUGCGGCUGUUGCGGCCGACAAAAAGUCUCGGGAUGCUGGCCAGAUCCGUCGAGAGGUCCACAAACAUCCAGGGUCCUAUCAGAAAGGACCUCUGGAACGCAUACACGGACCUCACGGCGGGCUUGACCACCAUCCUGACAAGGCAGGAAGAGAGCCCCAUCGAAGGCUCACAGGGAGGAGAGAGCGGCCCUGGCCAAGGCCAAGGCCAAAUGGGCUACCGAAAAGAGGAGGCUUGAAGCCGAGUUGGGGCAGAUGCGGGUUCGCAUUGCCCUGCUCGAAAAGGCCUCCUCGAAACAAGCCCCCAGGGAGUGCGGCACCGACGUCGAGGUCCAGACGGACCUCGACGAGGAGGUCUCGAAGGCCUUGGUGGGGUCGUCCUCCCACAUGCCAAGUCCAAUUGCGGACUUGGACAUGGAGGCUGAGGAGCCUCCCACCUCGAAACUCCCUCAACUGGUGGGCGGCACGACCACGCGACCUAAAUCAGGGCCGAUGGUCGUGUCCGUCGAAACGUUAA